AUGAUCCAAAAUAACAUUGAGCUCCCUACUGUAUGUGCGAGUACUGGUAAAACUCACUUGUGCUACGUCGUACUUUUCGGUUAUAGAACAGCUUUGGUAAUGGAUAGAUAUGACCAUGUGGAAUCGCAUUCUGGAAGUUCGAAAUCGUUCAUUUAUCUUGUCAUUAUAUCACAGAUUUUUGGGUUACUUGCCGUCAUUUUGACAGCUGUUUGGUUGGGAAAAUACUGGGGUGGUUUCAGUUGGACUAACGCCAAUACAGUCUUCAAUUAUCAUCCUCUGUUCAUGGUCUUGGGUCUAGUGUUUUUAUAUGGCGAUGCAAUUUUAGUAUAUCGUGUAUUUCGAUCAUUCCGAAAACUACCAAUUAAAAUCCUACAUGCUGUCCUACAUAUUCUUGCAUUUUUAUUCGGUGUUCUAGGAAUUAAAGCUGUAUUUGAUAUGCACAAUGCUUUAUUAAUACCUAAUUUAUACAGUCUUCACAGUUGGUUAGGUAUAACAGCUAUUAUAGUGUUUGGAUUACAGUGGGUUGGAGGUCUAAUUGCCUUUCUGGUACCUCAGACACCCCAAGUUACUCGUGCUAAACUCCUUCCUAUACAUGUUACACUAGGAAGUUUUUUAUAUUUACUAAUGAUUGGUGUAUGUAUCUCUGGAAUUACAGAAAAGAACUUUUUUUCAAAAUCUUAUCCAGUUUUGAAAGCUGGUGAAUUAAUCGGCAAUUUACUUGGUAUUGUAUUGGUAAUAUUCUGUGGUCUGAUAUUUUAUUUAACUCAACAUCCAAACUAUCGUCGUAUUGAAACAAUGUCUCCAGAACAUCGUGCACUACAAGAAUAAAUAUUACUCGUAAUAAACAAUAAUAAUUAUGUGAAUUAAAUUUAUCAAUUAAUGUAUUAUUACCUAAUAUUUUAACCGAAUUACGAUCAGUUAACCGUUUUCACUGCUUCACUCCCAAACAUUUAUUUUCAUUUUGUCAUGAAAAAAUGUGUUAGAAACCAUCAUAACUACACUCAAACCGACUAUAAUUAUUUGUUACGCUUCAGUUCUAUUCAACUUGUUAUAUGGUGAUGUAUUUUUGUUUGGUCAUUUCGCAUUAUCCGUUGUUCUUUAAUCCAAUUUUUUUGUGACUAACUUGAUCUCGUGAUAUAUUGAAAUGUCUAUUAUUAUCAAAUCAGAUAAUAUUUUGAAAAAAAUUAUUUAUUCAGAUUUAUUUAUAGGUGUUGUGGUUGUUGUCGUAAAAACGUGUACUUCUAUUUUCCGAUCAUUGAUAUUUGUACAUCGUCGACUCUUCUUUGUCUAUGCUUAAUUUGUGAAUAUUUUCUUAUUUUAUCUGUAAUUCUGCCAGUAAAUAUAUGAUCAUUAUACUACUAAAUUUCUUCCUUACAGAUUUAUUUGUACAACAUGUGAUGUCUAUGUCAUGAUGAGUUGGGAAAAAUGGUUUUAUUCGCGCCCACUUUUUUUUGUAUUUCGCUUCAUUUGUUGUUUUAAUCUGUAUGAUUUAACAAACUAAUGAUUAUUGUCCUUGUUUUCCAAAAAAACAAAUAUAUUUCUAUCUGUGAACAUGUGACACUUAUGAGUUUGUUUAUUUACUUGAAAGAGAAAAAAAAAUAGAGAGCCGACUUAAUCUUAUUAUUAUUAUUAUUAUUA